AUGAAAUCCAUCAAAUUUAUUUCAUUUCUUUAUACAUUUAUAAACGUUCUCUUCGUUUUAUCAAUUGAUUCUUUGCCAAAUUUAGUAAAAAAGGAAGAUACAAUUACUCCAUACUAUUAUGAUCAAUAUGUCGAUCAUUUUAAUAAAAAUUCUGGAACGUUUAAACAGAAGUAUUUCGUAAAUUCUACAUUUUAUAAACCUGGAGCUCCUAUCUUUAUUGCAUUAUCUGGUUUUAGUGAAAUAGCAGCAAGUUUUAAUGGUUUAAUGAUAUUGGUUGAACAUCGGUUUUAUGGUGAAAGUUAUCCUUCCAUAUCUAACUUUGCUACUAAAAAUGUAGAAAAGAUUCAUACCAUCGAACAAGCUUUAGCUGAUUUCGCUAAUUUUAUUGCAAAUCCUCCAAAUGUUCCAAUAAAAAUUCAAAAAAAAUCUAAAUGGAUAUUUGUGGGUGGUUCAUAUAGUGGAAAUAUCGCUACUUGGAUGCGUAAAAAAUAUCCUUCUUUGGUAUUUGCUGCUUGGGCUUCUUCUGCUCCUUUAUUAGCAAAAUUGGACUUUUUUGAAUAUGAUCAAGUAGUUGGUCGAGUUUUACCUUGUCGUGAAGAUAUUAUCACUUCCGUGGAACAAUUUAUUGAUCCAAUUUUACAUUCGGGUGAUAGAAUCAAAAUUAAUUCAUUAAAGAAUCUUUUCGGUUUGUCAGUUCUUGAGGAUGAUCAAGAUUUUGCUUCAGCUUUAACUAAACCUAUUACUUCGAUGGUUCAAACUUAUUUUCCUCCUACUUCACCACAAGAAAUUGAUACUAUACCUACUUUUUGUAAAGCUUUUGAUGAUGCACCUAGUAAAGAUCCCGCAGUUUUGACGGCAAUUUAUGCUCAAAUUUAUAAAUACUUUUUAGUAACAAAAGGAUUUACUACUAAUGAAGCUAUUCUAAAAGAAUUUGCCACACCUCAACCACCAUUAAAACGUCUUCGAUCUAGUAUAGUUAACAUCGCAUAUUACCAAAAGCAAUGUAAUUACUUAUUCCCCGAAAUUAAAUCUCCUCAAGUGGAAAAGUUCAAUAAAGUAUAUGGUGGUAAUAUUGGUGAAUUCCCUCGUACAAUAUUUACUAUUGGAGAAAAUGAUCCUUGGACUCCUUUAACAAUUGCCGGAAGGGCAGGAGGUGAAAGUCUUGAUAUAAUUACCAAGAAUAUUAAAAAUAAUUAUGUAUAUAUUAUUGUCAAUGGUUCUCACGUUAAUGAUUUAAGAUUUCCUACUCCCCAAGAUAGUGAAUCAUUAUUAAAAGCGAGAAUUUUUGUUAAAGAAACUUUAGCUAAAUUUAUAAAAUCUUAUAAAGAAUAA